AUGAAGUAUGAAACUGUAAGUUUUUUUUAAUUUUUGGUUGCUUUUUAUAUAAUAGUAAAGUAGUAGUAUUAUUUGAAAGUUUAGCUUAUCGUUAAAUAUAUGUGGCCAUGUUUUUACAUAUUGAUAUCAAUUUUUUGAAUUUAUAGUCAAUCACUAUUUUUAAUAUUGUAGAUUUGAGGUUUUGCCUCAAAAUUUUAAGGCUUCUGAGCUGGCAUUUUAGAAGAAAAGAGAAAGAAAGGAGAGAAUAGAUCUAAAAUGAUUAAUUAUGUAAAAAACGUGGUCUUGUUAAAUUACAAAGCCUAAAUAGGUACUUUCACGUUCAAAAUUUUAUACUUUUUAGUAUUUCGCUCAAAGCACUGGUCUAAACCUUUCUUUAUAACAAGGAUAUUACAAUACCCUGGUACUUUUUGAUAUGGAUUCUUUUACAAAGAUGGUCAAAAAGUUGACAUUAAAAAGAGGAUAUCGCAAAAUUGAGACUAUUACUAAAGCGGUUUUACUGUACAAGUAUUUAUCUAUCUUAUGGGCGCCUCAAACCAUAACUAUUGCUUUUACUAAGCUUUAGUUAUCACUUUUACUGUCGGACUCACUUACUUUUUUCAUUUUUAGUAUUUUGAAAUCUCACUUUUUUGACUCGAAAACUUGAAUGACCACGAAAAACCCAGAAUGACAUAUAAAUCAUCGCAAUUUUACUUUACCGCGUUGACGUAGGAAAGUAAGAGUAAAAUCAUUAAUCUUAUCGGGCAGAGAUCAGAAGUGUUAGAAACGUUAUAUCUUUGUGAGGUUUUUUAAUAAUAUACUUGUAAGAGGUAGAAAAGUGACUUUAAUAUGGCACAUAAUACUUCAAUUUCAUAUUAACAUACUUAUAAGUUAAUACUGUUAAUUUAAAGUCCUUGGAACUUAAUAACAAUAGUAUAAAUUAAAAAUUAGUUUUAAAUAAGCCUCGAUAUCAUCGACAACUUAAGUUUGAACUUAAGUCAUUUUGUUUUUUUUUUAUGUUUUUUUCAAAAAAAGUUUUGAUUAAAAACUUAAAACUUGAAUAACAAACUACUGUAUCAACAAGUAUUUCCAAACCAUAUUUUUUUCGAAUUCUUAUCAACAAAAGGCUGUCAUUGAUCUUUUUUUACAGUAAAAUUGGGCGUCGAUGGUAGUUUUGUUCCCGUGACAAUAUUGAGCUUUUGUCGAUGAAAUACUAGAGUUUAACAAAUGUUGACCAGAAUAGCGGGCCCGCUACAAAAGGGUGAAAAUAGAGCAUACAAAUCAUCGGUUUCUUCGAUGAACUUUGGAAGAUUGAUAUUAGCUAAAAAAGAAAACUGAUCAUUAAAACAAAGUAAUCAAAACUUAGAUAUGAAGCGUUCAAAAGAUUAAAAUACAGUAGCUUAUCUAAAUUUGAUUGUAUGCUUGAUUCUGAAAGUUAUAGUAAUGUUAAAUCUUCACAAAUUAGAUAAACAAACUAAAUUAACAUUUUCAGCCAACCCUCCUGCUAAUAACCUUCACUAGCGCUCUGAUUGAUGUAGCUUCAGCAGUACUUGCUCCUCAUGUUGGAAUGAAAUUUUACUUUAUGGUACUGGUGGUGAUCUCUUUAGCCACUUUUGUAGCAUCAAGAUUGCAAUCAAACGGCUUGAAUAUAUUGAGAAUUGUCAGUGUUGUUCGAGUUAUAAACGAUGGUUUGAUCCUAAAUGGAGUUGCUUAUCUGGUGGCUGAGCAUGUUCAUGGUAGGUUAAUUAUAUAAAAUUUUUUUUGAAAUUUAGAAAAAUAAUUUUUUAGAUUGUUUUACGGAGUAAGAGAUGGAGAAUAAUUACAAGAUUUUAAAAUUAGUACUUAAUACAUUUUAGGUACUGUAAUCUUCACAACCCAAUUAUGGAUUUUGGGUUCAUUAGUAUGUGCAUCACUUCUUCUACACAUUUUAAAAGUAGUUUACAUUGGUCUGGUUGCGACAUCAAAUGCUAAAGCAACAGGUGAGGACGUUGAGCAAAAACAAGUUCAAACCACUAAAUCUCCUUAUGGCGUGAUGGCCUAA